GGAAUGCAAUACAGCCCACGCACUAGCAUAAUUAUUUGACAAGAAAUGGUCGUAUUCAGUUGUGUCCUGCAGUCGUUCAAAAUUUUACUUUUAACUGAUUUGUCGAUGUAUUUGUAAACACCGAUGCUUUAAAAAGAAGAGUUGAAAUCAGACAAAGACAGGGCACGCCAUGCCUUCCUCAAACUCAUUGGUUACACUGCUCAAUGCUGCUCUUGCAGUCUUCGUAGCUGUGAUGUUUUUUAUACCUGUUUACAUUGCCUUUUCUGGGUUACACGAGAGCGCAGACGAAGACUUCUCACCAGAAACAAUAGUGUUGACUCCAGAAGAAACUCAUACCUGUCUUGACCCACCUUACGUUUCGCCGACUAAUGACAGACCAAACAACCAGGAGGAAGAACAAAGAUUAAUAGCUGCUUUGACAAACCUGCAGACGAAGUGUGAUCAUCUUGUAUUGCCUGGAACACCUAAUCACGCACUGUCAACGGAUCAUGAAGAUCUGCGAUGGAAUUCGUACGUUUGUAUCGGAGGAAAAACAGGCCUGACAAAGAAUAAUUGUUUGAUCUAUUCUUUUGGCAUCAAACACUUGUGGGAGAAGUUUCCAAGCAAAGUGGAAAUGGACCUCGGCUGUCAAGUAUUCGGAUUUGAUCCAGGUCUCGACUAUAUUGACCAUUACCGCACGGCGAAAGUGCGGUUUUUUAACGCGAGAUUGUACGACAAGGAUCAACAAGCGCAGUACCGAAUAUCGGGUCCACCUGGUUGGAAAUAUCGAACAUUUUUAACGUUAAUCAAAGAACUACAUUUCAGUGACGAACCAAUCGAUCACGUUCGUCUUGAUAUAACAGCAGACCUGUGGCAAGGGAUAUCAACGAUGCUUAAGGAUGGCAGCCUGUUAACCUACGCCAAACAGCUCAGCUUUGAAUACGACUUGAAUAAGAAGAAUGUCACACAAAACAGAGAGAUAUUUACCAUCACACAAUGGUUAAACAAACAAGGAUUUCUAUUGGCUCACAGCCAGCCAACCAAACUCAGCGGUAAAUCCUAUUCAGUGGUUUAUGUCAACACGAAAAUGAACGAUGCACGAUGAGAAGUCCAACCCAUAGCAAAUGUUAGUUAUUAUACAUUUACUUGUCGAAAAUAAGGCAAAAUAAAAAAAUACACAGCAUUCAGCAAGAUGAAUCUGAUCUUGUAAAUAUUAGGGCUACGUUUACACGGUGUCUGACGAACGGUCCGAAAUUCGUCCUUUUUGGCCUGUUUACACGGAACCAUGCAAAUUCUGGCCCUUUUUUGUCGAGUGUUUACACAGUACAGGAACGAAUUUUGCUAUUGGUUAUAGGCUAUACUUCAUGUAAAAAUACAAUAUGAGCACCGUCCUGUUUGGGGAUUUCAAAUUUGUUCUGUUCCGUGUUUCUCGUGUCCGAACGAAAAGACGAAAAGGACGAACCGGUUCCAAAUUCGUCCGGUGCGAUGUAUACGGGGCCUGGAUAACAAAUACGUCCGGAAAUGAAUGUGCAUUUAGCUAUUUUUUAAGCCCCAUGCAGACGGUUAAGUUUUCAUUGACAAGUCUUCUUGACACGAACAAGUUUUCGUUGACAAACACGGCAAGAAUUGGCAAACACGGGCCUUCGUUACUCUCUGCUGAUGUUUCUUAAACCUCUUAUAACUACAUUUUGCGUAGUUAAAUCGUAGUUAAGUCAGAAACAUAUGACUCUGAUACAACCGGCCCCUGCAUGGUACUUUGCAAAAUUAUGCCCCGUAGAGACGGGCAAGUUUCCUUUGACAAGUUUUCCUUGCCAAGUUUUAUUUGCUCGUGUGUAUACGCGAAAAAAUUGACAAGUUUUCCUUGACAAGGAGCCUUGUUCAAAAGCUAGUCAUGCCAGCUUUUCAACAAGGAAAAAUGGCCGUCAAAGAAAAACUUGACAAGGAAUUGCGCAAGCAGCAACAAUCUACGACUUCGAGUCAAUCAAACGAGUUUUAUCAUUUCUGUUUGUUUCGACUGAGACUCGGUCGUAUACUCAUAUUAUUAUGGCUCAUAUUAUCGUAAAAUAUACUCAUAUUAUCGUAAAAUAUACUCAUAUUAUCGUAAAAUAUACUCAUAUUAUCGUACUUGUCAUUUGUCAAGAAAAAUUUGUCAAAUUUUUCGCGCACAUGCAUGCACGAGCAAAU